AUGCACCGUCUAAUUAUUACUCUGGUUAUUUGUGUGGUGCCAAUUAUCGCGAAUUCUAAGACAACCCAACUAGAGGACUUGGAUUUUACCGACCAUUCUAAUGAAAGCCCAAAGAUCAGUCGAUCGUCAUAUUUCAAACAGGACUCCCGUCUUGGCUACAAGCUGAAAUUGUUCUGUGAAGCGAGUGGGACACCGAGACCCAGAAUUGUGUGGUAUCAUAGAGGUGUGGAAGUGAAUCCGGAUCAUAAUCGGACGAUCCGCUUCUCCAUCCAUGGUGAUACCACAUCGUCGCAUCUGGAAGUCGACCCAACUUCUAUCGGGGAUAAGGGAGAGUAUGAGUGUGUGGCGACGAAUUCGAAAGGGAGUCGAGUGAAGAAGUUUUUGACCGAUUAUCAGUAUUGA